UUGCAGACUGGAAAUUGAACUGAAAUUGUUGAAUACUUAUAAAUAUUUUUUAAGUACUGUGCAAAGAUUUAAAUAAUUUAAAUGUCAGAUUUUGUUUUUAUCAAGUUCUGUUUACAUGUGCAAUGAUGUGUGAAAAGGAAAUGUAGGUCAUCACCCCAAGAGUCCUCAGAGCACUAGUACUGUUGUGUAUGUAAAUUUGUGUUUAUUGAGUGUUAAGAAAUAUCAUGGAAUACAGAAUAUAUCAUGGAAAUUACCUGUUAGUAAUAGAAGUAUACUAUAGGAAAACUGACUGAAAAAAAUGGAGAUUUUAAUUUGGGCUAUAUGUUUCAAUCUGAUGUCAGUAUCUGUAUCGAACCAGUUUGAUCCGCACGUUUACCCAUCUGUUGGACCUUUCUUUGAAGGCUGGUACAUGAGACUAAUUGAUUUCGGUACAAAUAAUAGCUAUGGAUUGUUAUUUGGUCAUGUCUUGUCUAUUCCGUCAACAAAUUCCUCCUAUCCCAAAGUUCUGGCUUCGUUAUUACACAGGAGUCAUUGCACCAACAAUAAUACAUAUAAGCUAUACUCUAGCAACGUUGUUUGUCUGGCAAAGGAUCUUAAUGUGACAGUCCGGAACGGUCCUGUUAUUAAAAAUCCAGAUGAUAAAAGUCCGCCUCAUUUCACAUGGCAAACUCCGUUCGGUCUAUUUACACAAACUAAUAACAUUACAACAUUUCACUUUGAUUUUGGAAAUUACAUUUUUAGAGGCAGAAUUGGACCCCCUGUACCUUGGGGACCUGACGGAGAAGGACCCGAAGGCUGGAUUGAUAAACUUCCCUUCAUUCCACUUCACUGGUUUGUAUUUAGUCUGAGAUCACGUGUCAUUUGGUAUGAACUAUUGAACGUACAAACAGGACAACGAAUUGAGGGAACAAAUGGCGUUGUUCAUAUGGAGAAAAAUUGGGGGAAUUCCUUUCCCAAAGGCUGGAUAUGGUCACAAGGUGUUUCCUCUCACGAUAAUAUAUCAUUUGCUCUCUCAGGAGGACUAGUAUCCUUAGGAGAAAUUACAACCACACAAUAUUUAAUUGGAUAUCGUAAUAUUGCUAAAAAUCUCAAUUUGAAUUAUCGCCCUGGGAAUGCAAAGUUUUCCGCUACUCAUAAUGGCUGUGUUGGAUGGUUUAAAAUAAAUGUGUACGGUUUAUUGCAUGAAAUUCAUCUAUCAGCUUCAGCAGAUUUGUCUACAUUUAGCGACUGCCUGUAUGGUCCUGAAAUAACCGGUUUUAGACAAGCAUGCAUUGAAAGCUACGACGCAAUUAUUAACAUCACAGUGUUUAAAAGGGAGUUUUUAUCUUUAAAGAAAAUUGAUUCACAAAUUAUAAAGCUUUCAGCACUAGAAUUUGGUGGAACGUACACCUGUGACAAGCAAUGCCAUCUUCAUGGGAAUGGUGAAUCUUGAUGUAGAUGAAAUAUCAAAGCGGUUGCGUUAUAGCGAAGUGUACGCAAAUGGGUAGUAUUUCGGAAUUUUGGGAAAUUAAAGCUGAACUGCCUUUGAAAAUUGAAAAGAUUUAUGUGAAAUUUAUACUUAAAGAGAUUCAAUUAAUGAAUUAAAAACUAGUGAAAUCGA